UCAGAUCUGAAGGUGCUAGUUCUGCUGAUACAAGGGUGGCAGCUCAAGUUGCCAGGGAAGAAUCAGAACUUUGUUCCACCAACGGCUUUCUAUCGUACACUGUGCCUUAAACAUGGAAACUGUAGAAACAAAUAGUGUAUCCUUGAAACGUCCUCGCUCUGAGGAUGAUGUGGCUAAUGCAGAUGAAAUCAAAAGACAGAAGAUCUUGGAGAAGUCUAAGACAGGGAAUGACUCUGGGCAGAGUAUUGAGACUGUAACACAACAACCUGAGGACAUGAAAAAUGAAAUAAUUCCGAAUGAGGAAAGUGAGGAGCAGGAAGAAGAAGAACUAGAGGACAGCGAUGAAGAUGGAGAUCCAGAGAGCUUUGCAGACAUGAUGAAGCAUGGCCUGACAGAAAGAGAUGUUGGCAUAACUAAAUUUGUUAGCUCUCAUAAAGGGUUUUCUGGAAUCUUAAAGGAGAGAUACUCGGACUUUGUUGUCCAUGAAAUAGGCAAGGAUGGACGUGUGAGCCAUUUAGAUGACUUUUCUGUUCCAGUGGAUGAUGAGGUAAAUUUUGAGGACCCAUCAGAAGAAACAUUUGCAGUUUUGUCAGAUGAAGACAAGCAGCGUUUAGAGGAGCUCCAGCUUUUUAAGAAUAAGGAAACUAGUGUUGCCAUAGAGGUAAUUGAAGACACCAAAGAAAAAAGAACAGUCAUCCACCAGGCUGUGAAGUCCUUGUUUCCAGGACUGGAGACUAAAACAGAAGACAGAGAUGGAAAGAAAUACAUUAUUGCGUAUCAUGCUGCUGGGAAAAAAGCACUGGCAAAGGUCAGAACUGCAACAGAUCCAAGAAAACACUCUUGGCCAAAAUCUAGGGGAAGCUACUGCCACUUUGUACUGUACAAGGAGAACAAGGACACUAUGGAUGCCAUUAACGUCCUAUCCAAAUUUUUAAGAGUGAAGCCAAACAUAUUUUCCUACAUGGGAACUAAAGAUAAAAGGGCUAUAACAGUUCAAGAGAUCGCUGUUCUCAGAAUCACUGCUCAAAGACUUGCUCAUUUGAAUAAAUGUUUGAUGAACUUCAAAUUAGGAAAUUUCAGUUACAAGAACCAUCCACUGAAAUUGGGAGAAUUGCAAGGGAAUCAUUUCACUGUUGUUCUCAGAAACAUAACAGGAACUGAUGACCAGAUAGAGCAAGCAAUGCACUCUCUCAGGGAAAUUGGAUUUAUUAAUUAUUAUGGGAUGCAAAGAUUUGGAACCACAGCUGUUCCUACUUACCAAAUUGGCAGAGCUAUCCUACAGAACAAUUGGAGUGAAGUAAUGGAUUUGAUAUUAAAACCACGACCAGGAGCUGAAAAGGGAUACUUAGUGAAAUGCAGAGAGGAAUGGGCAAAGACUAAAGAUCCAGCAGCUGCCCUCAAGAAACUACCUGUAAAAAGGUGCGUGGAAGGGCAGCUUCUACGUGGACUCUUAAAGUAUGGAAUGAAGAACAUAAUCUCUGCAUUUGGCAUAAUACCAAGAAAUAAUCGUUUAAUGUAUAUUCAUAGCUACCAAAGUUAUGUGUGGAAUAAUAUGGUGAGCAAGAGAAUAGAAGAAUAUGGGCUUAGAGCUGUACCAGGAGAUCUCAUACUUAAAGGAGCCACAGCUGUUCAUAUUGAAGAAGGAGAUGUUGAUAACUACACUAUCCACGAUGUAGUGAUGCCAUUGCCUGGAUUUGAUGUUAUUUAUCCAAAGCAUAAAAUUGGCGAGGCCUACAAGGAAAUGCUCGUAGCUGACAAUCUUGAUAUCAACAACAUGAGGCAUAAGAUCAGAGAUUACUCACUUUCUGGAGCAUACAGAAAGAUUAUCAUUCGACCUCAGAAUGUCAAUUGGGAGGUUGUUGCGUAUGAUGAUCCCAAAAUCCCAUUAUUUACUACGGAUUUGGAUAAACUGGAAGGAAAACCAUUACCAGUUCUCCCUACAGAUGGUAAAUUCAGGGCACUAAAGAUGGAGUUCUCCCUUCCCCCAUCAACUUACGCUACCAUGGCGAUUCGGGAAGUUUUGAAAAUGGACACAAGCAUAAAGAACCAGACACAACUGAAUACUACCUGGUUGCGCUGAAUGAACUGCAAAAUGACUUCACUUUAACACACAUAAAGUGAUUUUUUAUUUACAUAUUCUGUACAAAUCUUUAAAGAAUGACAGUAAGAGAUUUGUAUUUUUUAAAGUUUUUUAGGUGCUAGCGUUUAACUUCAGUAGUCAUUUGCAAGAUGGUGGCUGUAAUAUAAUAGAGAUCUUAGUGAAUGGUGCUUUUUACUGAAUGAGUAAGUUGCUUGAGCUGUAACAUGGGCGCAUCUUCAGAAAUGGGCUUUUAAUAGCAUCAGACCUGGAAGAAUGUUUAGCUUGCUUUUUUUCUGGCGAGCACCGAAUGUUUUAAUCAGUUCGGCACACCUUGAAGUCUCUUCAAAUACACCGAAUUACAGCCGAGGAAGAUGAAUUACAACAAAAUGAAGGUACUGAUGAACACACGUAUCGCAGGAAUCUUUGCUGGUAGCACUCGCGCUGGCGCGAUAGAGGAUUCUGUUAGCGAGGCUUUUUGCGUGCUUGCAGAGGUGUGUACAGCUGUUUUAAAUUAGUUAGGACUUUUCAUCGAGAAAAUACUUGUAUUUUCCGUCGGAUGCCUGUACCGAAGAACAGGUACAGAGAAUAAAUUACCCUGAAAGCC